GUUCCGGGUCCCGCAGCCCGUCUGAGGUAGUUGCGGUUACGUGCCGCGGAAGGUGGCGGCCGUUAGAGGGGCGAGGCCUGAGGGGCCAGUGGCGGCGGUGGUAGUGGCGGCCGGCAUCAAAAGUGGGUAGUGGCUCAUACAUCAAAGGAUGUCACGAUCACGGUCACGGUCUGGAUCCCCCAGGUGGAAACACAGGUCUUUAUCACCAAUGCCUAGAAAUCCUGACUACUACAGGCGAAGGUAUUUUCAUGGGCAUUAUGGCUUUGAAGAUAGGAAAAAUCUGGAAAAACUCCCCACCUGGAGAAUGGACAAUGAGCAACAUGGACAGAGUAAACCUAAACCAAGGAUUUCUUCUCAUGAAAAUAUGUAUUACCAAUCUUAUGAACAUAGAUCACCUUCCCCAAACACAAGAAGAGACUCUUUAGACACUUUUUAUACUCAUAAACCUCACCAAGUAUAUUUACCAGGAAGAGAGGAUGAUAACAGAAGGCUUCAGUAUAUGUCCAGAUACUCAGAAGGUGUACCCUACAAAGAGCACCAGAGACAUUAUUAUCCCCAGCAAAUGCAAGGAAGGUAUAUUCCUGAUGACCACAGAGUUAGAGGAAGUCGAGCAGAAGGGACAUCACCUCAGAGGCCAAAAGCAGAUUCUUUUAGAUUCAAAGGAAAGAGGCAUGAAGAUGAGUUGAGGCACCAGAGGACACAAGAUGAAAAAUAUUAUGAGCCACUUAGAAGAGCCUCUGAAGAUUUUGAGAAAUGGAGCUCUUUUGAGAACAGGUAUCCUGAGGAUCCUUAUUUCAGAAAAUAUGGGCACACAUCAGAAAGACCUACAGACAUGGAGUGGUAUGAAAACAGAGAACCUGCCAGAAGCCCACAGUGGAAGUCCAGGUAUUCUCUUCUGCCUUACAAAGAGAAGAAAUAUCAGUGGAUUCUGGGAUCCCAAGCUCAUCGACACUUUCAGAGGGAACCCCCCGAGACCAGUUCAGCAAGCAGGGAAUCCAGUGACUAUCGCUACAAACGUCAGAAGACCUCCAAUGGGAGCCAGGACUUCUCUAAUGGAAGAACUCAGAAGUACUCUCAGGAGGAAGAUAGAAAAUACAGUCCUCAAAAAGGCCCGGUAAAUAGAGAGCCCAGUUGUUUUAAUGCUGGACGAGGGAGAGAGCCUGAAGGUGGGCAAGUCAAAGAGCCUUUUCAAUUGCCUAAGAAAGACUGCUUUGCCUGUACUCAUUCCAGUAAAAGUGACAUUGAUUUGAGACCCUAUACUGACAAACGGAAGGACAAAAUAAAGAAAGAAGGGGAUGGCAGAAGAGAGAGUAACUCUUCCAGUAACCAACUUGAUAAAAGUAAACUUUCCGAUGUAAAACCUUCAUCUGCCAGUCCCACGAGGAAAACACUUAAAGUUACAGUAAAUAUGAAGAAAACAGCAAAUACAUCCAGGGUUGCUUCUAGCAGCACAGAGAGACAGAUGUCACAUGAUUUGGUUGCUGUUGGCAGGAAAAGUGAAAACUUUCAUCCAGUGUUUGAACAUCUUGACUCAACUCAGAAUACUGAAAGCAAACCUACAGGAGAAUUUGCUCAGGAAAUCAUAACUAUAAUUCAUCAAGUUAAAGCAAAUUAUUUUCCAUCACCCGACAUUACUCUACAUGAGCGUUUCUCAAAUAUACAAGAUACAAAAGCAGCAGCUGUAAAUGAAAUUAAACCGAAUCCAGACCCAGAAAUUCCCAGGAGAAUAGAUAUGUCUUUGGGCGUGCUUCAGAGUCAACAAACUAUAGUAUAUGAUUCAGAAGAGACUCUGGUCAAAGUAAUAGAUCCAAAUGACCUACGACAUGACAUUGAAAGAAGGAGAAAAGAACGGUUACAGAAUGAAGAUGAGCACAUUUUUCACAUAGAUAGUCCUACAGAGAGCAAUGACCAGUCUUCCAGUUUUUCAAGUUUGAAGGAUAUUGAUAUUGAUGGAUUCGAAAAACCUCCAUGUUUUAUAAAGUCAAAUCCUAGAAAAUUUAUUCAGAAAUGUCACAUGAUGUAAGUCCUGAGAAAUCUUGUUUAUAUGAUUAUAUAGAUGGAAAUCAAAGCACUUUAAUUAUAACAGUGCCACUCGGUUCUUUGGACUCAUUCUGAAUUAUAGGCCAGAAAAAAAAUCACUUGAUCUGUCAUCAAAAAGUAUUUUGAGUGUUUCUCUGACAGCUCAAUUUUGUACUCUAUUUUAUUAAAAAGCAAAGAAUUGGAAACCACUGGACCUGCAAAAGUAUGCUAUUUAUUACUAGCUGCUAGCGUGGGUUCAUUUUCUUCAGACUACCACCAAUAUUUCCAACUUCCCCCUUUUUGGGGGUUCCCAGGUAAUGCAGAGUAGUCAGAUCCAGGAUGAGAAGGUAUAUUUUUCCUGUAUAAAGUGGGAGGUAGGGAACCAGCCUUAAUCAGUUGUGAAAGCAGGUUAAUUUUGGAAAGCAAGCAUUGGGAAUUUGAGGAUCUGGAAAUUAAUUCCCUCCAAACUAUCUGUACCCACAUACUCCUUGGAAAGUCUUCAUAUACCCCUAAACACAUGCAUACCCGAGUUGGAUGAUUGAUAACUUACUUAACCAAGCCUCUGUUGAUGACUUCAGGGUAGCUUACAGGUUUUCAUUACUUCUGGUAACACGCCCCAGGCACAUUGACACUCUGGUACUUGGCAGUAGUGUCCCAUUUACUGAUUUCUGCUCUCACCGGAAGUACAUGAAAGGGACUGUUUACCUACACCCGAGCCAGCACUCCACGUUAUCAGCCUUUAUUAUUUGAUGUCCAUCUAAUAGCAGGAAAUAGUUCUCAUUGCCCUUCUUUGAUUAUUAAUGAUGUGAGCAUACUUUUUAUGUGUCUAUUGGCCAUUUCUAUUUCUUUGCUCAAUUUCCUUAUUUCUGUGCUUUGCCAGUGCUCCUGUUGAGGGAUGGUACUUUUUCUUAUUGAUUUGUAAGAAUUCCUGAUUAACCUGUCGUACAUUUUGCUGGUUUUAAUUUAAUGUUUGUCAGCUGUUUAUGGUGGCUUUUACAUUACUGAACUUGUAAAUGUUUGUGAAUCUGUCAAGAUUGUCUUACAGCUUCUGGAUUUCAUAUCAUGUUUAUGCUUAUAAAAAUUCCUUAUGGUUAUUUUUAUAACCUUUAUAAAGGUUAAAUUCAUGGUUGUAAAUUUUUAAACAUAUAAGUACUUAUUCCAUUUAGAAUUUAUUUUUAUGGUACACUAUGAGGUUAGGAUCUAAUUUUUCUCCCCAAUGGAUAGUCAGUUUUUCUAACACUGUUUCUUGAAUAAUUUGUCUUUUUCCCACUGAUUGAAAAUGCCACCUUUACGGUAUACUGCAUUCUCAUGUAUUUCUGGUCUGUUUUUGGACUCUUUGGAGCCUCUAACUUGUUUCCUGGCCUCCUGAGAUUUGCUUAUUCCAUCCCUUCACUACUAGCACAAUUACUGACUUGAAACACAGAUUGAAUCAUAUCACUGUUAUGCAAACACCUUCCAAGGAUUCUGUUGCCUGUGAAAAAAGAGACUAGAUUUGUUAGCCAGGUCCAGCCCUAAGCUACCUUCCUAACUAUGUUUUUCACUGGGCCCUUUGCUUUUUGGAGUAUAACAUAAUUUUUCAUGUAUUUGUAUCUUUGUUCCUGCUGUUCUCUUGGCUAAAAAUAGUCACCUGAUCCCCAUUCUUUUAUUAAAACCCUGCUUUCCUUUUAAGACCCAUUGUAGAGCCUUACCAAAACCCCUUCUUUAGCUCGUUUCAUUUGGUCCCUAACUGUUGCUGUUUACUUUCCUAUUUCCCCAAAUAGGGGGUCAGCUCCUUGAGGAUAGAGGAUACCUCAUUUGUUGUUGUUUUUUCAGCUGAGCCAUCCUGCCACCUGUUGGCAGCUCAGCGGCUGCUCAGCUCGGGCUGGGA